CCUCGCAGCAGUGUUUCCAAACAGAGUGUAGCGGUCAGUAUGGAGAAGUCCAUGUUCAGCGCGAAUGGACACGAAACUGAUAAAAGAAGCUAAAGCAGCCGGACAACAUCCAACAAAGACAAAGGGAAGCAUCAGCUUUCUCCUGCUCCUGGUGGUUACUCUUCUGGAUGCUCACAACACAACAACACACAACACAGAUAAUGAAAAACCCCCGAAAGAUCUGAUUCAACUCACAUUUUUUUAAUGAUUUGCUGAGCCAGAGUAGGAUGCUCGACGUAGGCAAGUGGCCAGUGUUUGCACUUCUGCCUCCUGAGGAACUACGUCUCAUCCGUCAGGCCUGUGUAUUCGGCAGUGCCGCUAAUGAGGCCAUCUACGUUACGGUCAAUGAUGAGGUGUUUGCUUUGGGAACAAACUGCAGCGGAUGCUUGGGCCUGGGAGAUGUCCAAAGCACUAUUGAGUCCAGGCGGAUAGACACCCUGUGCGGGAAGAAGAUUAUCUCUUUGAGCUAUGGCACAGGGCCGCAUGUCAUCAUUGGAACUGCAGAAGGAGAGGUGUAUGCCUGGGGCCACAAUGGCUACAGCCAGUUGGGGAAUGGCACCACCAACCACGGCCUGAUCCCUGCCCUGGUGUCCACCAAUCUCAUUAAUAAGAGGGUAACUGAGGUGGCCUGUGGCUCCCAUCAUACCAUUGCGCUCACCACUGAAGGAGAGGUGUAUGCCUGGGGCUACAACAACUCUGGCCAGGUAGGCUCAGGCUCUACAGCUAACCAACCCACGCCACGCAGGGUCAGCAGCUGUCUGCAGAACAAGGUUGUAGUGAACAUUGCCUGCGGCCAGCUCUGCUCCAUGGCUGUCCUAGACAACGGAGAGAUCUAUGGCUGGGGUUAUAACUGUAACGGGCAGCUGGGUCUGGGUAAUAACGGCAACCAACAAACACCGUGUCGUAUUGCUGCUCUGCAGGGAAUCAACAUUGUCCAGGUGGCUUGUGGCUAUGCACACACUCUGGCAUUAACAGAUGAGGGGUUUGUUUAUGCCUGGGGUGCCAACGCUUAUGGGCAGCUAGGCACUGGAAACAAGAGCAACCAGGCAUUGCCUGUACUUAUCAACAUGGACAAGGAGAGGAUGGUGGAAGUGGCCGCGUGUCACACCAGUCACACAUCUGCUGCCAAGACGCAGAGUGGUCAGGUGCUGAUGUGGGGUCAGUGUCGAGGUCAGGCCGUUCCUGUCCCACAUAGCACACAUUUUUCCAGCACAGAUGAUGUGUUUGCCUGUUUCGCUACUCCUGCUGUAACCUGGCGUCUUCUCACUGUGGAUGGGGACGACUACCUAACUGUAGCUCAGUCCCUUAAGAGGGAGUUUGACAGUCCAGAAAUUUCAGACCUUAAGUUCCUAGUUGAUGGGAAAUGUAUUCAUGUUCACAAAGCUCUUCUCAAAAUCAGAUGUGAGCAUUUUCGUGCACUGUUAAAUGAAAAUGAUGAGGAAGCCAUCGAAAUCCAUCAGUUCUCCUAUAUGGUUUACCGGGCGUUCCUGGAGUACCUCUACACUGACACUAUUAACUUGCCACCAGAGGAUGCCAUUGGUCUUCUUGAUCUUGCUACCUACUACAGAGAAACUCGCCUAAAAAGGCUCUGCCAGGAAACUAUUAAAAGAGGUAUUUCAGAAGAGAAUGCAAUCACACUGCUAUCUGCUGCGGUCAAGUAUGAGGCACGGGACUUGGAAGAGUUCUGCUUCAAGUUCUGCGUCAACCAUCUGACUGCCGUCACUCAAACCCAGGCCUUUGCCGACAUGGACCACGACCUGUUGAAGAACUUUAUUAGCAAAGCAAGUCGCUAUGGAGCCUUCAAAAACUAAACUGGAACAUGAGCAGAGCAAAAAGAGAGAGAGGAUCAGCUUUACCGGAACCAGGCAGUGUUCCGUGGUAUGCGAAAGAGCAAGGCAGAACGUCCUUGUUUUGGAUAAACCACUCCACAGGCUGACCAUUUGGCCCUGAUGCUUUGAAGCUGCACUAUCCCAGAAUAACAAGAAAUGCAUUUGUGGUUUUGAAGGCUCCUGGUUAGGCCAACCACUGUACAGUACUGUGCAAAGGUCUUAGGCACAUAAAACGUGAACAAGUGUAAAAAAUAGGAAAUAUAACAUUUCUGCAUAUGAAAUAAGAUGAUGAUGAUGAUUCUGUGCCAGAUACAGAUGGUAUUGCUUUUCAUUUGUCACUUUGCUUUAUCCUUUUAGUGAAAACCCAUCAGCAGGGACUGUUUAAGAGAAUCACAUCAGAAUUAAAUAUAAUUCCUUGUUGCAUUCCAAUGAAACUCUCAGUAACGUCCCUGAGUAUGGCUGUAAAUGGACAGUGAUUGCAUUUCAGUGUGAAGUGCAGUGACGAAACUCAAAUGCAGUGCAACUGGGAUUUCACAUGCAGCAUUCACUUCUGAUCCAAAAAAAUCAGUAUUUAAUUUUUUAUCGAUUGUUUUCACAGAAUAAAUCCUCAGGUCGCAAGUGAAAAGCAAUCCCGCCUGUGUAUUUCAUUUCAUACCCCCCCCCCCAAAUCCAAUUGCUUUUCUAUCUGGCAUGGAAUAAUAAAGAGCAGUAAUACUCCAUCGGAUCUAUAUUUGGUAUAAAGAAACCCAGAUCAUUAUCUGCCCACACAUCCUUUACCUUUAAAUCAGCAGUUUUUCUGGAGCUUGAACAAGCUGCUACAGUGCUUUUCUGGAGGCUGUUGGCUGAUUUGUCUCUUCCAGUGCACCAGAUUGACUCCAUUAUUGUUUUAUCUGGAAAGUGGCCAGUUGUGUGUUAUGUUAGUUCUUUCAACAGUGUACACACAUGACAUUUUUGUGGGGUAAGUCUGAAACUAAAAACAACUUUUAUAUAAAAAUCAGAUGACUGAGAGUAAAUUGGAUGACAUAAGCAACAAGCUUCCCCCAGGACCAAAGGGGGAAAAAAUAAGUUAAAAAAUAACAGUGAUACAAUAGACAUGCGAUUCUGUGGAAAUGCUUUUCAAUUUAUCUCCAACUUUGAUUAAAAACAUUGUGUAGAUAACUAACCUAUCCACUUAACCAGCAGCAUUUAAAGCACUUGUAAAUGUGUUCAUGUUUACCUUUAUUUUAUUUUAUUAUUUUGUGAAGUUAUGCCCGAUACUGAAACGUUUAAUUUGUGCUUGGAUUUUUUGCAGUGUGAUAUCCAUUCAUAUUAGACCUCCUUUCAGGCAAGACAACACGACUUCUAUUUAAUAUUCUGGUUUUCUGUAUUAUUAGAAAUUUCUUUAUUCAAGGCUCAAAGCAGAACGGGCAGAUUAGAUACGUGUUUUUUUAUAUUUUUUUUUUCUUUAUGAAAUACUGAAGGGUCAGUAUUUUUUUUGUGUAUUGUAGACCUGUGCCUGUUUUGUUUUAUAUACACUAUCAUCUCUGAGUCCUGGCCGUUUUUCUGAGGCAGGAAUGGAAAGAACAACAAUAUGGUUCCCAUAGGUGGUGUUUACACAACAGAGUAAAAAGGGCAUUAUGUCCUCUUUUGGUCACUGAAUCUGAAGCUUCAAACUUAUAUUGUGCUCUGUUACAUAAAGAAAAGAGUCAGGGUAGUCUGGAUGACGUCCUUGAUCAUUCACAGACCCAAUAAUCAGAUCAGUUUGUUACAUAGCUUCGAGUUAUAGAAGAAACUCUCGCUACAGCAUUCGUACAUACUCUUUUGGGGAUAUCUUUACUAACUGAACUAAAAUGUUUAAUGCUGGACUUAUUUAUAAUCUCUACAUUAGAAUAUAUUACUCUUGUCAUGUUUACAGUGAGGGGUUCACACACUAUAAGGAAAAGUAUUACAUCAGUCCCAUAGCUGCUUUUUUUUGUGUUUUGUUUUUUUUUAAUUAAUUUUCCACUACACACAUUUACAUUAUAUAGGCAUUGGUAUUAUUUGCCAAUUUAUGGUGUGCUGACUAACUCCAUUAUCCAUGUCUUGCUUAACAAGGUCUAAUCCAAAUCUGCAACUGAUUUUUUUUUUUUUUUUUAAAUAAAACACCUUAAACCUGCCUGGCUUAAAGUUAUUGAUAGUAUUGAAAUAAAGAUCUGAAAAUGUCCAAUUA